AUGAAAGAGCAAAUGUGUGUCUUGGAUGUUGAAGAACCAAACACCCCUCCUAGCAUGCUCCGGCAAGCUAGACGUUUCUCAAACCCCUCGUCAAACAACGAAACAAUGGAUACAAUUGAUGUGCCGCUUCAUCUUUUGAUUAAGAUUCUGGCAACUCGAUUCUUUUUGGAGGCCAAAAAAACAACUUACGCUCCUCUCAAUGACCAAGGAACUCUGAUGCCCAGUGUUGAGUGGACAAUAAUGGCUCAGCUGUGGCGGCUAGCAAGGAACAAAUGGUUCGAGGCCACCUUUCCAGUUGGAUUUGAUAUCACCAAUCGCAAGCUAUCAUUGGAGUUAUUCACCAAAGUAAAAAGGUUGACUCCAACGAUCAGAACGAAGUUUCGAAGAUUGGUUCUCCUGAAUAUUGCUUUCCCAAACGCGAAAAAUCCAGCUAUUCCAUGUCUCCAAGUACUGUUGCUCAAGAUCAAAAACCAUCCAUUUGGCAGAUAUUACUCCAUGAAAGAAGACGACAUCAAUCGUAUAGCAUUGAUUCGCUUGAUCGGGACGGAUUUGAUCAAUUAUGGCCACUUGUGGAUUCAAAGAUCCAGUGGAUCACGACCAACCUUCCGAAUCGAAAUCAAAUCAGGCAAGUAUCAUGAAGCCAUCCGUGAGAUAGAUCGGCGUCUAUUUGACAACGUGCGCUCCAUUGCCCAGGUCGACAAAGAGGAUAUGGCACUUCUCCAAAUUUUCAGGGCAUGGGAGCCAGUCCCUAUUUGUACCGACUCCCCAAGUGUGAUUAACACUGGGUAUGUGUCCUUUAAAAAAGGCAAUUCAAAAUGGGCUUUAUCAUUGAACUUCGGCGUGAAAGUCAAUGAUAACAAUGCUUAUAAUGGGAGUAUAAUCAUUUUACGAACAGACUUGUAA